UUCGCACCUCAAGUCAAGUCCCGUUCUCCAAAGGAAAGGCGUAGGUCACCUCACAAAGACGACCAGAAGGCAAUGACAACACCAAAACGCAGAAAGACCCAAGCCCUUCGACAGACAUAGGUGUCAGCGACAAUAGCGAAGGCGCGACUUUCUGCACACAAAUUCAGAGCAUACUCAGCCAGGAGGGCGCUUCGCUCAAGACGAGGCAUUUCAUUUGCCCCUCACUCACUCAACUGUCCAGUGUCGACUUGAACAAGGGUUUAAGGUGAGCCCAGUCUCCAUUCUUGCCCCGCUGAAAAUUCACUCUCAACUUCCUUAGCAUCGAGGACUUGGGCGUCCACAGGCCUCACAGCUGAUUGCCAUGGAAGAGGAGACCAAGAUGGCAACAUGGAAUGGUUUGCCUGUUGAGCUCAAGGGCCUCAUUCUUGAGCACCUUGCCUAUGGAGCUGUCGCCGAAAGACGCUCAAAAACAUCAAAGUCAAAGAGCAAGCGUCAUGACAUGGGCAGCUAUGCCGUCGUGUGUCAACAGUGGCAGAGAUUCAUAGAAAAGAUCAACUUCAGCACUCUCGAGAUCAGUUCUGCCAAGGAUCUCUCUCGCUUCGAUGAAAUUCUUCAAGACCCCAUCCGUCGCUCUUACCUGCGCCGCAUCUCACUCCACAUUGAGCUGGCUAAGUAUGCCAACAAGCUGGCCAAGGUUCCCGAGACAGACCAUGAGCAGAACGAAAAUGAGAUUGCAUUCACUCAGGGAAUCUGGAACCUUUUCGACAUCCUCAGCAAGUGGACGCCUUUGGGCCAGAGUAUGGAGUUGGAGCUCAGCGCCGCUUCGCCCAGCGAUAAGAACAAGUACUUUGGCGAGCUGGGCUUGGAUCAGGACGGCAACUCACGCUUCUUCGACCACGACCUCGACUUUUGCUUCAUCACUGCUGCCUGUGAGCAGGUCGGACGACACGGCCUCCCCGAGGUCUCGGUCAUCAAUAGCUGCCAGAUUCUGCGCCGCAACCACCGCAACAUCUCAUCUCGAGCCUUGCUCAGUAUUAUCUCGAGUCUGCCCAAGCUCGAGGAAGUCCGAUUCGAGCCCUGGCAUCAAGUUGACUUGGAAGCACAGUUGGAAGUCGACUCCGACUAUGCCCGUACUUUCCCUUUCUGGCCUUCCCACAUCAAGCGAAUCAGCAUCUUUGAGCAUUUCGAUGCUUUCAACAAUGGCCCGGAAGCCGAAUGGGAGGAUGCCGAGUCUGUCGACGACAAUGACGCGGAUCCAACCGGCGGUGAUAUCGCUCUUCCCGUCCCCACCGACAGUGCGGAAGAAGCAGGAGAUGUUGCUCGAACCUCAUGCCCCAGCCUUGGUCACAACUUGGGCUUCCUCAGCCUGCAAGCCGAGGAAAUGGCCGUCUCGAACGUCUCUGACGCGACUGCUUUCUUCCAAGGUCUACUCGCACGCAAGCCCGUCUGGAACAACCUCCGCCGACUUGCGCUUACCUCUCAUACCAUGAUUGAUGGUAUCGACCACGAGACCGUCAACGGUAUCCUUCGUUCGAUCGCCAGCGCCGCAAAGCACAUGCCAGCAUUGCAGAUGCUGGAAAUUUACAAGACCGACCAGUUUGGAGGCGCCGUCUUCCGCUACUCCGUCGAGAUAUUGUCGACGACGGCAUCGUGGGAGAGCACCUGGGAUUUUCAGAUCGGAGCCGAUGUGAAGGCUGCGUGGGCUGAGGUGGCUAAGAAGAACACUCCCCACAACAUUACCUUCCUUCCUGAGAUUCGCCAGAGCGACUACCGAGGACCCUACGUAUUCUUGGACGAGAACCUGAAGACGAAGGAUCUCAUCAUCCACCCGGCGUCGUUGGAGGAUAUGCUGUCGAAGAAGUUGGAUAAGUGCUUGGCCUGCAAUGGGUACUGCGCUGAUCCUAAGAGCGAGGAACAGAUGGGUGGACUCAACAAUGCUUGAGUAACUGAGCAAGGUCGAUGUAUACACACGAGAACAUGUCUAGAUACCCUGUAGAGUACGAACGUUGGACGGCUGCGAAGAUGGAUAACGGAAAAGUUGGCGUAAAGGAUAAGCAAACAUCAUCAAACAUUGGUUGUUUAGUACAAUAGGUCCUUCAAUCAGUCAUUGCGAAAUCACUACUAGCAGUCUGAGGCACCAUAGUCAGCCAUGCCUCCCUAUUUCGAGUGCCCACCAGCGCUACUGGCAGCGAAUGUUGUUUUGCUCAUUCGCCGAUGAUUCAUCUCG